UGUUGGUGGUCACUGAGCGAGGAGGCAAAGAGUGGGCGCCAACGGCGCAGGAAGGUCGGCCUUUGACUGGUUUUGGUCUACCGCAGCCAUUGGCAUACUUUGAUGUCACGAGUACAUGGCCCGAUACAUUUGAUGUCCUUCUCCCAAGCGAUGUUGGUUGCGUCUUGGGCGAUGGUAGCGCCUGCUGCUGUUGCAGUGAUGUGCCUGAAGACUGCGUCCGAGAAGAUGGCAGCUGUCGGAAUACCCGGGAAGUGAUUGAGGAGGUUUACAGUGGUGCUCAAACAGACCGCUGUUUCUUCAACUCGCCUAGUGCCCCAUGGAGUGCCGACUGGCUUUUGGCAUGGAUUGUGACAUCCGGCAUGAGUCUCAUGGCAUUGGUGGGUGCUUUCAAAAAGACAGCCUUUGAUCGACUCUUGGAAGCCAUUGGAAUCAGAUUGGAUCACAAACUUGAUCAAAUUACAGAUUCCAUGGCGAUUGAUGUUCCAGCAGAAGCAGCAAUGGCACAGGCAACGGCGAUUCCGGAAGCAAGAGCCGAAGUGGAAAUGCAACGGGUUUCAAAGUGA